AAUAAAUCAUAACCUAAAAUAUCGUAAAAAUGUCCCAAAAUGAAAAUGAAUCAAUACAAAAAGGCGAAGAUAAAGCAUUUAGAGUCAAAGCGGCGAUUUUUUUAGCAACCGUGAGUGGAGUUUCUGCUUUUGUAGGUUUUGGAGCGACUUUAGCGGCAGCUAGAAAACGAGAUCCCAAAUAUUUCAAUAAAGGAGUUGUUGCGACUAUAGAAUUGCAAGAAACUGGGGCUAAUUUAGCAUUAAGAGCUUUAGGUUGGGGGACAUUGUAUGCAUUUACCGGUUGUGGAUUGUUAUGUUAUGCAAUUUGGAAAAUAUCCGGUGCAAAAGAUAUGAAAGAUUUUCGACAUAAAGUUGGUUCCGCUCUUCCAACAAUCCCAAAAAAUAAUCCUCCUCAAGGUAGAACUGAAUUUAGUGGAUUAAAUGAUUUAAUGGAAUAUUUAUCAACAAGGAAGUAGUAAUAAAUGAAAAUAAUGUUAGUAAAAUUAGAAUAUAUCUUUUAUUUAUACGAAUUA